AUUCGUCGGGCCAUAUCCGUAUUUUUAUUGGUUAACCUUGGCGCCUUCGAACUGUGGGUCGCUGGACAAGAAGACCCAGAUCUUUUUUCCCCUUCAACGUAUUAAUUCCAGGUGAUGCUUGUAUAGCAUUGACAGGUAGAAGGUUCUAAUGGCAGACAACCAAGAAAACAGCGCAUUAUUUCCGAUUUUCAUAUUGUCAGUGAUCUGUCUGCCUUUAGUCCCUUACACCGUGCUGAAAAUUUUUCGUGCUUCUACGAAGAGUAAAAGUAGAAUCCACUGCGAGUGUUCGGUGUGCAGACGAUCUGGAAAAUACCGCAAAACAAAUUCUCAGAAGAUAUCAAGCUUCUUAAGCUGCAGUAACUUGACCAUUGUUUUGCUUUGGUUGGUAGUUGGCCUACUUGCUUAUUCUAUUAAGCAAACCGGACGCGAGAUUCAAGUGUUUGAGCCAUUUAGCAUUCUUGGACUGGAACCUGGAGCUUCAGACUUAGCAAUAAAGAAAGCCUAUAGGAGGCUUUCUAUUCAGUACCAUCCUGACAAAAAUCCUGAUCCUGGUGCAAAUAAGUAUUUUGUGGAAUAUAUAUCCAAGGCCUAUCAGGCUCUGACAGAUCCAAUUUCCCGUGAAAAUUUUGAAAAAUACGGGCAUCCAGAUGGUAGACAGGGUUUUCAAAUUGGAAUAGCUCUUCCGGAGUUUCUACUUGCUGGUGCAUCCGGUGGAGUACUGUUAAUAUGGAUUCUCGGUGGGCUUAUUCUGUUGCCACUGAUCGUUGGUGUCAUAUAUCUGUCAAGAUCGUCAAAAUAUUCUGGAAAUGUCAGACAUGAAACUGUGUCUGCCUAUUUUAAAUUAAUGAAGCCAUCACUUGCUCCAAGUAAAGUAGUGGAAGUAUUCAUUAAAGCUGCUGAAUAUAUGGAGAUUCCAGUUCGGAAACAAGAUGAUGAACCCCUUCAGAAGCUUUUCUCAAUUUUAAAAGGAGAGCUGAACUUGGAGGGAAAGAAUUCCAAACAGGAGCAAGCAAAAUAUUGGAAGCAACAUCCUUCACUGAUUAAGACAGAGUUGUUGAUUCAUGCACAUUUAACACGUAAAACGGAGACUUUAUCCCCAGAUUUGCAAAAGGACUACAAACACGUGCUACAAUUGGCCCCUCGUCUUUUGGAAGAGCUAUUUGUGAUGGCUGCUCUACCACGCACUCCUAAGGGACACGGAUGGCUGAGGCCUGCAGUAGGAGUGAUUGAACUUUCCCAAUGUAUUGUUCAGGCUGUUCCUCUUAGUGCAAGGAAGGCGGUUCGAGGAUGGUCUGGCGGUGAAGGUGCUGCUUCAUUUCUGCAGCUUCCACAUUUCAAUGGUGCAGCUAUUGAAAAGAUAGUUCAAAAAGCUUGGACCUUGCAGGAUCUCCAAGACAUGACCUCUCAAGAACGCUCCAAGCUGCUCAUGGAAACGGCUGGUUUCUCCUCUCAUGAAGCGCAAGACAUUGAAAAGGUUCUGGAAUUGAUGCCACGUGUCACAGCUGAAGUCAGUUGCCAGACCGAAGGGGAGGAGGGAAUACAAGAGGGAGACAUCGUCACAGUCCAGGCGUGGGUGACAGUAAAACGCACCAAUGGGUUGAUUGCCUCUCUCCCCCAUUGCCCAUUUUACCCCUUCCCCAAGGAAGAAAACUUCUGGUUUUUACUUGCAGACACAGAUUCAAACAACCUCUGGUUCUCCCAAAAGGUCACCUUUAUGGAUGAAGCCGCAGCGGUAACUUCUGCUUCGAAAGUGAUAGAGGCUAGACUGGAAGCUUUAGGGAAGGACACGGAGCAAGUCAAUGCCACGGUCAAAGAAGCCGCGGAACGUGUCAGGGGUGGGUCCCGGCUGGUGACUGGGAAGAUCAGAGCUCCUGCAGAAGGAAACUACAACCUGACUGGUUAUUUGUUGUGUGAUGCGUGGGUGGGAUGUGACAAGACGGUAAGCGUGAAAGUCAAAGUGCUGAAAAGGAACAGAGGUGGGUCCCGCGGGGGUCGCAAUGUGGGGAGUGAGAAUCAAGAGAAUGUUCUAGAAGACGUUGAGGAAGAAGAGGAUGAUGAUGAUGAUGAGGUUAAAAGCGAGUACAGCGAAGACGAUGAUGAAGAGGAGGAAGAGAAGCAAGUUAUUAUUAAAGGUAAAAAGGGCAAAACCUUUGGGAGAAAGAACCAUUUUUAGGGAAUCUUCUUUCUUUCCUUUCUUUUUUCUUUAUAUUUAAAAAAAGGUAAUUUUUCUGUACUUUACAGUUUAGACUAUAGAAGAUGAUGAGCUUAUAAACAUCUUACUUUAGCACAUUAAUGAUGCUCGUAAAAUGCAGCCGUGGUUACAAGAGAGGAAAGCUGGUAAUGAACAAAAAACAUAACGUAAUCUUACAUAUUUGGUGGGAAGAAAUAAAGCCUAAUGGG